AGCCGGAGCGAGCGGCGCUGCCGGGGGGAGCCCCCGCCGCGGCGGCCUCAGGUAACGGUACCGGACCCGUCGUUGCUUCCCGCCUUCCCUGAGGAGAAUCUUCUUCUCCCUCCGCGGGGACGGCGACCCCGAGGAGCCCCGUUUCUCCGAGGCGUUAAAAUGGAGCGGGGGAGGGAAGCGGCUGUGUCGCAGGGUCGGGCGGAGCGGGGCUGUGUCGGUGCGGCUCUGCCGUACCUGCGCGGAGGAUGCGAGGAGCGGAGCGGGAUCCAUCUUUGAUAGCGCGGCUGCCCCGCGGCGCGAGGGGAGGAUCGGUGUUCAUGCUAAAGGUUCAAGUAAAUGACAUCAUCAGUCAUCAGUACCUGGCACAAGCAGUAGUGGAAGUGUUUGUUAACUACACCAAGACAAAUUCUACUCUCACUGGAAACAACGGAGCAGUAUUAAUAAAAGUUCCCUAUAAAUUAGGAUUAAGCUUAACUAUUGUAUCGUACAAAGAUGGCUACAUGUUAACACCUUUGCCUUGGAAGACUGGGAGAAUGCCAAUAUACUCAUCUGUGACGCUCUCAUUAUUCCCACAAAGUCAAGCCAAUAUAUGGCUGUUUGAAGAUACUGUUCUAAUCACUGGAAAACUGUCUGAUGCCAAAUCUCAACCAAGUGUUCAGUUUCAAAAAUCCUUAAUAAAGCUUCCAACAGAUCACCAUAUUACAAAUGUUACAGCUUAUCUGACAGUGCCAGAGCAAUUCUUAAAAGUGGACAGUUUUCUUUAUACUACAGGAAUUCUUCUAAACAAAUCAGGUUUCAAAAGCAUUGAAUUGACACCUCUUGCUGCAAUAUGCGCGAAUAUUCUUUUGGCUGGUCAAGAGCUGAAAGUAAAUGGUCCUAUUCAGAUUACACUUCCUCUUCCUAUGAGUACUGUAAAAUCAGGAGAUGCUAUACCUGCAUGGACGUUUGAUAUGAAAACUGGUGCUUGGGUAAGCCGUGGGCUAGGAAUGGUAAAGGAAGCAAAUGAUCAGUUAAUCUGGACAUACACUGCUCAACACUUAGGCUACUGGAUAGCAGCUCCACUGCCUGGAACAAGAGAAUCGAUAAUUAGUGCAGUUUCCAAGGACAUAACAGCCUACCACACAGUGUUCCUUACAGCCAUACUGGGAGGUACUGUUAUCAUCAUAAUUGGAUUUUUUGCUGUUCUUCUUUGUUACUGCAGGGACAAAUGUGGUCGGACACAAAAGAAGGAAAAAAAUACAACUAAGCUGGAUGUCAUAAAAAAAGAUCAGACAACAUCAACAACUCACAUAAAUCACAUCAAUGCUGUCAAGGGGUCUUUAAAGUUAGAGGAUAAGUCGCAGUUAUAUACACCGAAGAUGUCUUCGUACAGCCCUCAAAGAAGGAUGUCCACAGACACAGAAGAUGGAAAAUCACGAGACAAUUUUAAAAUCUACUCGGAAGAUGCUUCUUAUCAGUCAUCCUAUCAGACUGGUCAGUCAAUAAAUUCACCUCAUUCACUGGAGCCUAGUGCUGGACUCAGACACUUGCAGCCACCAAAGCAUACUAACGGUGCUACUUCCCAGGCUCCUAGGGACAUCCAAGAGCAAAACAGAUACCUUACACUGCAAGAGGAGAUAUAUGGGCUUUCCCAUAUCCCAGAACAUCUAAUGCAUAUUUACAAUCAACCUAUUGCUAUUCUUCAAACCUCUGAUCUUUUCCAUUCCCCAGAACAAUUGCACACUGCUAAAUCAGCAACUCUGCCAAGGAAAGGACAGUUAGUGUAUAGCCCCAUGAUGGAGCCUGUGAAUCGAGACGGUUACAUUCAAACACUACCUAAAAUGCCACUGCACUCUCAUCCACAGCCUUCUGUCUGCAGAGAUGAAAAAAGCACGUUGGAUGGUGAACAAGGCUUGCCUUCUCAAACAUCAAACUGGGGUCGGUACACUAACAGCUUACUGGAAUCUGUCUCUGUCCCUGGAACGUUGAAUGAAGCAGUUGUAAUGACUCCGUUUUCAUCUGAGCUUCAAGGCAUUUCAGAACAAACGUUAUUGGAGCUCUCCAAGGGAAAGCCGUCUCCACAUCCUCGAGCAUGGUUUGUGUCUCUGGACGGAAAGCCAAUAGCUCAAGUGAGGCAUUCUUUUAUAGAUAUAAAAAAGGGCAGAAAAACAGAGAGUAAUGAUACCAGUCUGGACUCUGGUGUGGACAUGAAUGAGCAUCAUCCUGGUAGGAAACUGGAGCGAGAGAAAACCUUCAUUAAAAAUAUGCCGCAUUCAAAGAUCCUUUACUUGGAAGAUCUGGAUCUGAGUAGUAGUGAAAGUGGGACCACUGUGUGUACUCCAGAGGACCAGGCUGUGAGGCACAUUCUGGAUGGAGGGAAUGGGCCAGCCAUAGAACAGCAUGAUGAAGAGGGUCUAAGAAGAAAAACUGUGUCAGGAAGUCAGGAAUCCGGUAUCCCUUCUCCUAAAAAAAGGGAUAGGCCAUCUCUAACAAAAAGAGAUAGCAAAACUAAUAUCUGGAAGAAAAGAGAGGAGAGGCCGCUUAUUCCUAUAAAUUAAAACACAAUGUGCUUUGUGUUGUUGCUCUCCCUGCUGGUUGUUGACCUCUUGGCUGCUUGUGUAAUUCUGCAGUGUAGGGUUUACAAGGGAAAUAUUGUUUUCUAGUAUCAAGAAAAGUUAACGUUUUUUAAUGUACAGAUUGAGUUACUAUAACUUCAACUGGGCAAUUGAUAUUCAAUGUGAAUUGAUAACAGGGAAAUGCAAAUGAAAAUUUUCCAAUUCUGAAUUUUGCUGGCAGUGUAGGGAGGGUCCUCGUUUUAAUUAGCCUGUCAUUUUUUUUUUUUGACACAACUCUUGGAAUGCACAGUGAGAAAUGUAGGCACAUCUUUCAUUUGUUGAGUCUUCUCUUAAUUUUUGCUAAAGCAUUGCUAUAGUCACUCAAGCCAUUUCUCGGUCUUGUUCCUAAUAAAUGUGAUUAUCUGUACAGUAUUUUAUAUGUGAAUUUUUCUAGGGAUUUGCCACUACCACUUUGUAUAAUGCUUCAUCAUUUAGUCCCGUGGCACCAGAAGAAGAGCUCUAUUGGAUUUAUCAGAGGAGUCCUAAAGCGUAACUGUCCUCUGCAUCCAUUGAUGUGCAAGAGGUAACGGUUUUGUAUAGCAGUGGCAGCUGGGGGACCUGUAUGUGCUGUGUGGUUACUGGAGUUCAUCAUCUGUGCUAUCAUAAGAUGUUGCCUAUCAUUUCUAGUCUGCUUUGCUCUGAACUGAGAAUGUUGACAGCUGGCAUCAACUAGGAAGCAUCCACCUCCUGCAGAAAAGGACUGGUUCUGGUCACAUUUAAAGCUGCUGUUACUGCUAAAUCUCAGUGGCUUCGUUAGGCUUUGUUAGUAGUUAAAAUCUUCUUUUCUGCAUACUGUUGAAACAGUUGUGCUCUAAAACAUCGUCUUGAAUUCUGACGGAUUUAUAAGUUUGACUUUGGCCUGCAAUGAAAAAGUAUGCAAGUUUAGACAAGUUACGCUGUAGUAUGUAAUAGUGCCCUUUGAUGGGAAAGCUGUUGCUUUUUAUUUUAUGAUUUGGAAAUGUAUGUGCCUACAUUUUACUAAUCCAAGCUACUUUUGUCCGAGACUGUGCAUCACGGUGGGGUUAAGCAGGCUUUAACAAUUGGGGUUUUUUUAUAAUCAUGAGAGCAGAUUACAAAAUUUGGUCUGUAAUGCAAUAUAAAUACUACUUAUGACUCAACUUAGAGUUAAACUUACCAAAAGUCAUGGAUGCAUGAAAUGUAACUAAGAUAUGUAUAGAGGAAGGGAAAGGCCAUCAAAAUGUUCUUUAUUUUUAAUGUUCAUCUUGUCAAAGUGAUAGUUUCAACUUUGGCUAACAGAAAAAUAUACAUACCCCUUGAAUGUGCUUUGUACCGUCUAUAGGAUGUCUUUCUGUGGCUUUUAAGAUGCUUCCCUGAUUAAAUAAGUUCCAGCAUCUUGGCCUUGGCAGUUUGAUUACAAAUCAUCCAAACAAACAAACAAAAAAAGUUAUAUUUCCCCUAGUUUGUAGUAGUUUGGCUUCAACACUGAGGUCCCAGCAUGAAAUGCAUGCAGGUAAACUGUGGGGUGCACUUAGUUGUCUGUCUGGUACUACCAUCCCCCUGCCUUUUUGCCACUGUUGUUGAAGCACACCUUGGUUUUCUUCCGUGCCUGUGCUUCAGGAAUUCUUUCUUCUGAGGAAUCGGGGGUGGGGGGAGGGGGAGGAGUAAGGUAUGGUGGUGGGUUUAUUAACAUCCACCCCACGUGUGUGCUCAGUGUUGGGAAAUAUCCUGUGUGGCUGGGCUUCUGGGAGCGUUCACUCAGGAAAUCGUUCUGUGAAGUAUGUCUGUUCUUUUGGGAUUGUCAGUUGUCUGGUGACUGUUUCUAGAAGAAUAUGUAAGAUAAUUGGGAUGGUACUAGCAGUCCGUUAGUCCAAGUUUUUCUGAUGUCUCUAAUUCUCUUUGGCCAAAAGACUCUGGUUUAAUUAUGCAGAUCAUCUAUUUUAGAGGUUAAGAUGGCUUCCCGUAUUAGCAUCCCUUUGAUACUUUUUCUUGGUAAAUAAUUUAACUUCUCUAUAUGAAAUACAGUACCUAUUUUCCUGUAUUCAAUCUACUGGAUUAUGUAUAUGACUAACUUUCUAGCCCAAAGUGGUGAUAUUUUCAUCUUUUCCUUUGUUUGCUUUAUUACUUAUUCAUUAUAUAUUUUGAAUUGUAUUUUCAUAUGAACACACAAUUAAUUUGAAAGUUCCUUUUACUUUUGAGGUUCAGUAUUGCUCUGCUUGGAGUUGCAUCGUUUGUGAUGAGUCCCUUUUCGAAAAGAGACUUUCCUAUAUUCUGCUGAAUAUAUAUAUAUAGUUGAAAAUAACAGUGAAUCCCUGACUGUGGAUUGGAGUUAUCUAAGUUUAGUUUCGUUUUCCUACACUAAUUUAAAUACAGAGAAGAUUCUUUAUCUUGUUUAAAGCAUAUUUUAAAUGAUAGGUACCAAGACCACUUAAUUUCUUAAACUCGCUUUUAUCAUGGAAAGGCAAAGACUGUAGCAAAUGGCUUUAUUCACGUGAGCUCAAGUGAAUGAAAUUGUGCACUCCAGUGUUCCUGUUCUGCAUCAGAGUAGGUAUCUGGUCACCAAAGAAAAAGGAUUAGAAAUUUUGAAAAGAUCAGUUUAGUAUUAGAGAAGAACAAGUUUCCAAAGAUGCACCGAGUUUGUUCUGAUUCUUGUCUGCUAUGCUGGUGAAUCACAAGUGGAGUUAUUUUUCUGAACCUUCAGUCUAAAUGAGCUUUUGGCUGUCUGGAUUAAGUCACAGUUUUGCCCUGGUAGUUCAGAAUGGCCUCUUGAAAGGCCAUGCGUAAGUGCAUCAGCUCCUAGGCAGCCAGGGAAGUUGGGGGGGGAAUAUUAUUAAGAAUUUCUCGCUGCUGAACUUCUUGGUAGUAGGAAGCAAAAUGAAUUUCUUUCUGAAAAUGUUCUUUAUGUUCUCAUAAUUGUUAUAGGUGACCUAUCCGUGUGUAAAGUAUGUGUCCUUGGUAGCCUUGCAAUAGCUGUAGCUGUGGUAGGACAUCUCCUAUCAACAUCUGUGUGAACUGGUGUUUCCACUAGGGCCUCGGUUCUCUCUUGCCCAAUGAGGAUGUGAGCAUUUGUUUUUGUGGAGUAUUUGAAUUCUCCUCUGGAGUGCACAAGCAGCAGUACAGGUAAUACAAUUUCCAAGGCUGUCUCUAACUGUUGCUUCCAUCCGUGCUUUGCUUGCUUUGUAGGUCCCAUAUGCCAACUUUACUGAAUGUGACUUGCUAGCAUUUAUCACAUGUUGUCACAUGCUACUGGUAGUAGUUCAGAAGACUUUUCUCUAGCUGUAUGUGGGAAGAUAGAUGUAUGAAAACAGAUGAUGCCCCUAAGGGCACAGUGAGAGGGAAUUCUUCCCUGGCCUUAUCGUGAGCAUUAAAUCUUGAGUUUUAAAAUCUGCAACUCUAAAAUAAUUAAAAUACUUCAUAUCCGUAUGCAAUAUUUACAGGAUAUAUUCUGUAAAUAUAGUCAUCAUUUUCGAUUCAUGUGUUGGAACUUGGCGCACUGUGGAAACUCGUAUUACCUCUUAGUGACUGGAAUUCUUUAUUUUGCUCAUCCUUUCAAGAAGAGGAGUUUUGCUGCAUUGUGUUCUAAUAUUUUAAUUGCGGACACUGUAUGCUAUGUGUAUGUAGAUGGAGAAGACAAAACGUUAUCGUGAUGUUGGGUUUCUUGCAGCUGGGUAUAUCUUUUCUAUGUGUUGGCAGGUUUUGAUGAGGUGGUUGAUGGAGUUAGCUGAGGCCUUGCUUCUGCAGAUGAAUUUGUGUGGCUCAGAUGAGUGCUUUGAUGCACUAUAAUCAUUUUCAGGAUCUAAAGGGGGACUAUAAGAAGGGGAUGGAUUCUUUAGCAGGGUCUGUUGUGACAGGACAAGGGGAGAUUAUUUCAAACUAAAGGAGGGAAGACUGGAUAUAAGGAAGAAGUAUUUUGCAGUAGGAGUGGUGAGGUGCGGGAGGUUGUCCAGAGAUGCAGUGGAUGCCCUGUUGUUGGAGAAACUCACGGUCAGGCUGGACGGGCCUCUGAGCACCAUGAUGGAGCUGUAGGUGUCCUUAUUCAUUGCAGGGGAGUUGGACUAGAUGACCUUUAAGGGUCCCUUCCAACUCGAACAAUUUUAUGUUAAUAUAGAUAAUCAGAUUAAAUAAUACAUAGCUGUAUAUACACUAAUAUCUGUAUGUUAACCAGAAUAUGAAGGAGGUAAUAAACAGUAAUUUUCUGGUGGUUAUAAAAAGUCAGGUACUACCAGAAUUUAAAAAAGGAGAAAUGCUUAAUAAUUAGAUUAGCAAGAAAAAUCUUUUUAAUACUGUCAGAAUCAGGAGAACUCUGCUAUCUUAUAAACCUGAAAGCACAACUGAUAAUGCAGUUAUCAUUGCAGAGCUAGAGAUGAUGCACGAGAGAUAAUCCAGUAUGUAGGACUGCACGUUUUUAGUUGUCUGCUCUGUUUCUGUGCAGUAAUUUGUACCAAAGAUGGUGAGAUGAUUGGACAGCACUUCAAAUUCUUCUCGUUAGUUAAAAUAUGAAGCAGAUUAACAAUAUUAUUGUUAUAACGGUGUACAAAUGAAAAUGCAGUACACUACAACCAUUGUCCACUACUGCAUAUGAAACAUGGCAUAGUGGGAAUAUCCCAAGAGCUAAAUUAGCCUGCUGAAGUGCCUUUCUCUUUCAUCAGACUUAUUUUAUCAGUGGGACACCUGACUAUCCGAGAAGCACAGGUAUGUGGUUUUUUUUUUUCUGUUAGCCAAAAGCCCCAAUUCAAACGUUCAGUUGUGUAGUUUUUAUAAUGUUUUCAAAGGCAGAUCUAGUGUUUUUAUGUUGGAAUACUGACUUGUGCAUGUUGAUGAUGAUGACUGUUGUACACCCUGUCUUUUUUGUAUUUUAUGUUUGAAAAGAAAUUAAAGAAGUAUAUCUUUAGCAAUCUGAACAGUAGUAUCUUUUAAAAACCACGUACGGAAUCCAACUCAACUCAGUAAGUCAGAAUGAAGCAUCUUGGAAAUCACUAGACUUACGGGUCUGAAACUGGGCUUUUUAACUUCAGAAAUGAAAUUAUUAUGUUUUUAACAUACAAACUGUGAUGAUGAUAGAAAGCCAUUGUCCAUUGCUAAUCCUCAUUGGCAGUAGGAGGUAUAUUGAGUUAGGUGUAUUGAGGUUUUUCUUGUGUUUUAAAACCAACGUGUAUCUCAUUUUGAGGCCUAACCUGCGUUGUUUACAGAACCCAAGCUUCUCCAUUGAUUUGUUUUUUCUUUUUUUUUUUUGUAAUUUGGUGCAGUUGUACACAUGCAAAACACAGUGAUAGGCCUAUAGAGUUACAAAUGAGCAUUCUUUUAUAGAACUCUUACUAACUUGUGCCACAGUUCUAACAGAGGACAGGUAUGUUUCUCUUAAAGAAUUCAUACUAAAAGUGGGUUAAGAGAUUUUAAUCUGGACUUUGUUAUAUUUUAAAAGCAGUAUUCGGUGUGUUCUGCUUAUUAAAAGACAAAUAUUACUUAAGAUUCAAGACUGGCAGAAGAAAUCUGUGUUUAAAGUCUUUACUUUUAACCUUCAGCCUGAAAUUGUCUUACAGAAUGAAACUUUUUCCAGACAAUUUACAAUUAUGGAACAUUUCUAUACUUGCAUCUGUCCAGAAAGUGUACUGGUACAUUUUUCCUCAGUUUAGUUUUUCAGUUCCUUUGAAGCACUUGCUGCACUUCAGUCCACGUUAGAACAGUACUAUUUUCACAACAUCUUGCUACUCUGCAUGAAGAUACUGUUUAGUGCACAACUCAUGGAGGCUGUAGAACGUUGUUGAAGUACCAAAACGUAGGUGAGCUGAUGGUUGUGGUCAUCUCCUUGCAUGUUGGAGCUUUACACUCAGCAGGCACUUCAUUACCUUGGCAAUCAUUUUAAAAAACGUUGAAGAACAGCUGAGGUGUUCAUUUACAACAUUCCUCAUGUUCAGCACCCAGGUUUUAAGUGUUUUUACCUUUUUAUAUUUUAUCAGAGGUGUCUUUUAAUCUCUAUUUAUUACAGUAUCAGUGAAUAUGUUGCUGAAAAUGUAACUAAGACCUGUAAAAUGUUAGAGCUUAUGCAAUAUAAUAAAAUAGUUAAAAGUCA